GAGAAAACUGCUCACACGUCACUGGUUAAGGUGGAUCGCAUCAUGUGCCAAUACCUAUAAAGCUCGAGCGCACGAGAUGCACAGAAGACAAAUAGAGAUUCUCGAAGUUCCACUGGAUAUCUUCAACAUGACUUUACACUCUUCCUGAGAUAUCCAAUGAGCGCGUAAAGGGAUCUUCUUGCGUGUUACACAACUUUUGGAGGCGCUCCAUCAAGAAGAAAUCAUCACUGGAACAACACGCACAGGCGCACGUGGAUUCUUUGCUUUCUUUCUUUUUUCUUUUUGGCUUUGUUCAAUGCUGGAGAUGUUCGGGCACGAUAGCUGCCUCGUGUCCGUGUUGCUGGCGGCUGCCGGUGCUGUCUUACCGGCUCUGCUGUUGCUUGCGGUUUCGCGGCUGCUGUGGGAGUUCAGGUGGAGCAUCACCCGGGAUCGGACGUGUAAACUCCCACUCCCGCAGGGCUCCAUGGGCUGGCCACUGGUCGGAGAAACCUUUCACUGGCUUUUCCAGGGAUCCAGCUUUCACAUCUCCAGACGCGAGAAACACGGAAAUGUUUUUAAAACUCAUCUUUUGGGCAAACCCCUCAUCCGAGUGACCGGUGCAGAAAACAUCCGUAAGAUUCUGCUGGGUGAACACACGCUGGUGUGCACGCAGUGGCCCCAGAGCACACGCAUCAUCCUGGGGCCCAACACUCUGGUAAACUCAGUUGGUGACCUGCACAAGAGGAAGAGAAAAAUCCUUGCAAAAGUGUUUAGUCGUGGGGCGCUGGAGGCCUAUCUGACACGCCUUCAAGAUGUCGUCAAGACUGAAAUUGCUAAGUGGUGCUCCGAGACCGGAUCUGUGGACGUUUACACCGCAGCCAAGUCACUCACUUUCCGCAUUGCAGUGCGAGUCCUGCUCGGUCUGCAUCUGGAGGAGCAGCAAAUCACUUCUCUCUCCAAAACCUUUGAGCAGCUCAUGAACAACCUCUUUUCUCUUCCUAUUGACACCCCCAUAAGCGGCCUGCGUAAGGGAAUCAGGGCCCGUGAGAUUCUGCACUCUUCCAUGGAGAAGAUCAUAGAGGAGAAACUGAAAAAGCAGCAAACCAGCGAUUAUUGUGAUGCUUUUGACUAUAUGCUGAGCAGUGCGAAGGAAGAUGACUAUGAGCUUACAAUGCAGGAGCUAAAGGAAACCGCAGUAGAGUUAAUCUUCGCUGCUCACUCCACUACUGCCAGCGCAUCAACGUCCCUCAUCCUGCAGCUGCUGCGUCAUCCAGAUGUGAGUGAGCGUGCCAGAGCAGAGCUGGAAAGCGAGGGGCUGAUCGGCGAUGUGCACGGAUACUGCUGCUCUCAUUGCCAUGGGAACGUCGUCAGUGAGGAAAGAGAUGCUGCUGAGAAGAGUACCAAUGAGGGGAGAUCAGCGACGAAUAAAACACUGUGUUUUGAAGCAGGAGACAAGGAAGAGAUGCAUCGCUCUCGCAUCCACGUCCCUUACCUGAGUUUGGAGAAACUGAGUCAACUUUCUUACCUGGACUGUGUGGUCAAAGAGGUGCUUCGGUUCCUCCCACCAGUGUCUGGUGGAUACAGGACAGCCCUGCAAACAUUUGAAUUAAAUGGUUAUCAGAUCCCGAAGGGCUGGAGCGUCAUGUACAGCAUCCGUGACACGCACGAGACAGCAGAAGCAUAUCAGAACCCAGAGCUCUUUGACCCAGACCGGUUCUGCGCAGAUCAAAACGAGAGCAAAACCGACCGCUUCAGUUAUGUUCCAUUUGGAGGUGGUGUGAGGACGUGCAUCGGCCGGGAGCUCGCUUUGAUUGUGCUCAAAACUCUUGCGGUGGAGUUGCUCGCCACAGUAGAGUGCACUCUGGCAACAGAAACAUAUCCAAGGAUGCAGACGGUACCAAUUGUGCAUCCGGUCAAUGGAUUGCAUGUGUUUUUUAACUACAGAACCCACGGGGUUGAGAGAAAUCGGAGGGAAUCCACACAUAUAUAGACAAAAAGCUUAAUUUAGACACUGUACCACAGAAAACGCCAAUGCAUAGAUGUCAAACUGCUUUUAGGAAUCAUAUACAGUUAACAUUAUAAUGUUUAUGUUAAGCAAACCAUCUGGAAAUGGAUGAAAUGAUGAACCUGACCCAUUCAUUAAAUAAUGUGGUCUUGAACUCUUGUUUUUAGUGAACUUCUGGAAAGGGUACAUAUCCACUAGAAUGCAUGUAAAAGUUACUUAAACCUGUGUAAAAGUCUGUUAGGUUUGAAUAGCCAAGCCAUUGUGAUGUGCAUGAGGAAAUCACAAAAAAAAAGAAAAGAAAACUUAAAAAAAAAAAAAAACUAUAAAAAUAGAAAUGCAUUUAAUUCAUUUAUUCUUUCAUCUCAGCCUUGUAUGUGAUAUAUAAACAAAACCUGUUUUUGUUUUAUGACAUGAAGUAGGAACACAAAUAAGCUCUAUUUAUAUUUUUUCUCAAGUGAAUAGGAUAGCUCACUAAAUAAAAACUUAUAUUAUGCCACUUUCUAAUUUCUAGGCCAGUGUACUACUAAAAUGACUAGUUAUCUAUACAUGCUGUCCUUGCGGCUCUAGUACUUACAGAAGUUACAUAUUGCUUUAAACCAUGUAAAUAGAUGACUAAUGCAUAGUUAUUUGUGUUUAUCAUGAAUGUAAGCUGUGAAAAAUGACCCUUGCGCUGUGAACUGGGGGAUCAGUUUAAAUACAGGGAAGGAGAAAACAAGCAGCACUUUUUCUCCAAAUUAGGAGUAUAUGUGUAUACAUGUUGUAUAUGUUCAAUACUUGUGUAAUACUUCUUGUAGUUCCUGUGCUCACGUGUUUGUCUUUUUGAAUAGUGCUCAUGUUCAUUUUAUAUCUUUUAUGGUAUCUAUUUUGAAAUGUGUAUUUGGUGCUGUUAUAGUGUUUAAGUUGUCUCUGUUCAAUAAAGAGAUUUGAUGCGUUUAUUUGCA